UUUGGGUAACCAACCAGCAAAUUGGUUCUAUAAAUUUCAUCAGAAUCAGAUAUACGUUGCUUCCAUUCCACCAUGUUAGAUUUUCUUUUGGCGACACUUUGUAGCUGUGAUAGUAUUGGAAAGAAAUUGGAGAUGAUAAAAGGUGUUAUAAGAAGCACUAGUGCUGCACAGAGACUUUGCAUGGUCUCCAUGGGUUUGGGCUUGGGUUUGAUCUUUGCUGUUUUCUUUGUUGUUGGAAUUCAUGGUCCUUCGGAAAUGACUGGUGGUGAUGCUGCUGGCUUUCAAGAAAUGGUCUUUUCCAAGCAAAAUUAUACUGCCUUUGCUCGUAAGCUACUGACCAUGACCAUGGCUGAUGAUAAUGGCGGCGACGAUGGCAAUCCACUGAAUCGGGUUGGCGCGACAUGCACAAAGGAUGACAUUGCCAUAUUCCAAGGACCAACAACUCCACUUCCCAACGGCAUACCAACCUACACGGUUCAAGUCAUGAAUGUCUGUGUCUCUGGCUGUAGUGUCUCCAACAUUCACCUGAGUUGUGGGUGGUUCAGCUCUGCUCGACUAAUCAACCCUCAACUGUUCAAGCGAAUCUGCUAUGAUGAUUGCCUUGUCAACAACGGGGAGGCUCUAGGCCCCGGAGAAAGCCUUUCUUUCGAAUAUGCUAAUAGCUUCAGCUACCCUCUUUCAGUAUCCUCUGUUACUUGUGGCUGAUGGUUUGUGUUACCAGAUGUUAACCUAACUAGAAAGGGCUGUAAGAGGUGUUCUACUACUACUACUAAUCUCUUGCUUAUGACAAGUGUAUUAAAUGUACGUGAUAAAUAAUCAGGACAAUAAUGCGUAGAAUAUCUAACUAUAUGUUAUCUAUUGUAAUGAUCUACCACGUACAUUUUUAUGCUG